CUUUUUUUUAUCUUAUGCAGUCUUCAAUAAGAUAGAACGUGAUGGCAAAUUUAGUAAUCUCCGGUUUUAUCUGAAACGGUUCUGUACUAGUUCAAUGCUGACGCAGUUGGGAUUACAAAACAUAGUAAAAUAGCGAGACAAUAAAAUGCGUUCAACAAGCAUAGCUAUAGGGCAAAGUACAGACUUCAUCAAUUUUUUUUUAUCCUAUACAGCUAAACGUUCAGUAUUCAGAAGUGAACCCAAUUUGUGCGUAUUGCACAGUCCCAUUGUGGUUCCAUAAUGGAAAGUAGAAGUAUUCAAAUAGGUUCCAUUACAUUUGAUCCCCUGACAAUUGAACCUGAAUACUAUUGCACAAAUGAAUUUUUUUGGUUUUUUUGAUAUAACACAUGGGUUUUAGCACCCGCAUAUAGAUUGAACCCGCGGAUAUACACAUGGGUUCAAAUGUACGUGGGUUCAAAUGUACGGUCACCAUUCGCAUAGUAACCAGCGAUUGUCUUAUUGUCAAUGAUAAAUAAGUUAAUUUUUGAAUGCUGGAAGUGAAUGUAAGUUGAAGAUCGAGGCCCAAAUCAUCUAUUUUAACAAAGUAACAAGUUCCGAAACUUGAGUAAUCAGAAGUUUUUGCAAUUGAUAACACUUCGUGCUUUCACUUUGUUUUGUGUGAGAAUUUUAGUGUGACAUAAUAAUGAUAUGCCGUCGUCCAAUAAUAGCCUCGAUCACAACCAACUGAUUCGUUCCUAGCUAAGCAUAUUCUUUUUAAAACUCUCUAUUCCAGAGCUCAGAUGGUGUAGGUCACACACGUUUCCGGCAUUGGUGAUCAAUAGAUGGUUUUUAUAAUAAUAUUUGCAUAAAUAAAUAAACUAUGUCAGGCAAACGGUUUUUGUAUUCAGAUAGGCCGAAAGAGAUUGGCGAUUUAUAUAUUGGAUGCGAAAAUAUAGUAAUCAACAACAGAGGCACCAAAUCAAACUUCCAAGCUAAAAGAGAAGGAACUGACUGUGCAAAGAACGUUUUCAUCGGUUGUCACAAUGUGAAGAAAGAUGACAGAGAAUCAACUUGCAAAGUUCAAGGUUCCUUUUCCGGUUCUGCUUCCAUGGACGUAUUUGAAGCAUGCAGUGAUGUAACGAUAAAACAACAAAAUUCUGUUAAAGAAGUUGCUGGAGGAGGCGUAGCGGGCACCGAAACAUCAAUUGUAACUGCGCGAAACACAGAUAAUUUAGAUUUAUUAGCAAGUGGAAGUGAUAUGACGAUAAAAAGCGCAGCUCUAGAAGGUUCAAGUGCAAGCAUGGUAGUUCUUGAGGGUGUAAAAGGUGGAACACUAGAUUUUACUAGUGAAUCAGCUGAAGACACUGGCACCGGCUAAAUAACAUCCCUUUAACUUGUGCGCUUUUUUGUAAAUCAAAUAUGCAGAGAAUUGGACUUGAACUGCGAAUUGUAUUGACUAUGAGUGCACUUACUCAAUAAAAUAAGUGGAAACUCGCCAAGUAUUUCUGUUUACUGAAAUCAUCAUCACAUAUGGGGAGAAGCUCGGAUCAAAUGAUGUAGUAUUUGGUUACAAAAAUAGUCUAUUGUUUGCAAGUUUUAGUUGUAUAUAUGAUUUACAAAAUGAAUUUUUGUAAUAGUUUGGGAAGUUUCAAAAUGAUCACCACCCAUACGUUUUAAUGUAUAAGAUUGUAAAAAAAAACAAUAAUAAACAGAGACAUAAUAUGAAAAUGAUAUCUUUGGAAUUAUAUUUUGACGUUUAACCCAACUAUACUUCCUGUUUCUCUGUCGUAUUGACCAUAUGUCGCGUUAUCCCUUAUGUCAAGUUUCUCCAAAAAUCACUGUACUUUUACAAAAAAGUUCAAAUAUUAUUGUAUUAUAUUUAUACGAUCAUUUAAAACUGCACAAAUAUAUUAUAUAUCCCGACAUGUACCAAAAACAGUUUUAAUAAUGCAGAAAAAAUAUUCAGCUUUUUUGAUCGUUUAUCGUUGGUUAUUCUUAGAUUAGUAAAUUUUCUUAUUAAUCUUACCUUUUAGCCGCAUAGCCGACAAGCUUCAAUACAAGAGAAAAUAAAUUUGUUUAUAUUCAACCCCAUUUUAUUAAUUUUCCGGACCUCAAGAAGUAUGCGCAUCAAGAUGACGCACAACCUGAACAUGGUAUGUGUACCAGGUUAGGUUUCAGGACUGUGCGCCAUCUUGGUGCACAUACUUCAGGAGCGCCAGUUUUCCUUUGUUCUGCAGUUUAAUUUUCGCCAUAAAUUUUUUAUUCGAUAAAC